GCGAGGAGGGAGGGGAGGAGGGAGGGGAAGAGAGGGAGGGAGCCGAGGAAGACGCUCCGAUAACCCGUGCGUUUCGUAAGGCUCUGAGCACUUGUACAUUUCUGCAGGCGCGCGACGAGCCAUUCGCGGCGGCUGCUGCAGCUCGGACUGCAUCCUCCUCCUCCUCCUCCUCCUCCUUCCCCCGGGCUCCGGGUGUGUGUCGUCGUGAGUGUAUGUGUGUGUGUGUAUUUUGCAGGUGUGUCCGUUUUAAUUCUGCCCAGUAGGUGGGACUUGGUGACUUUAGCACCAUAUUUUUCCUUUUCUUUUUUUUUCCUUUUUCUUUUUUGCCUCCCCACCGUCUGUUGCAACCCUGCAAAGUCUCGGAGUCGGAGAGCGCGGCUCGCUUCCCGAGCCCCCGGACCCGGCGAGCCGGCGAGCGCCGAGCCGGCCACCAUGCCAGGCAGACCGCGCCACUAGGCGCUCCCCGCGGCUCCCACCCGGCGGCGGCGGCGGCAGCGGCGGCGGCGGCGGCGGCGGCCGCGAUGGUUUCAGACGCUGAAGGAUUUUGCAUCUGAUCGCACGGCGUUUCAAAGGCAGAGGCCCCCCCUCCCCCUUCCCCCCUCCCUCGCCGUCUUUGUUUCCUUCCCCCCCAGCUCUCCCCACUCCCCCCACCCCACCCCCCUCUCCUCUCCUCCUCCUCUUUUUUAGAAGCCGCGAUCGGAGAUGGAUGUCUCUCUUUGCCCAGCCAAGUGUAGUUUCUGGCGGAUUUUCUUGCUGGGAAGCGUCUGGCUGGACUAUGUGGGCUCCGUGCUGGCUUGCCCUGCAAAUUGUGUCUGCAGCAAGACUGAGAUCAAUUGCCGGCGGCCGGACGAUGGGAACCUCUUCCCCCUCCUGGAAGGGCAGGAUUCAGGGAACAGCAAUGGGAACGCCAGCAUCAACAUCACAGACAUCUCAAGGAAUAUCACUUCCAUACACAUAGAGAACUGGCGGGGCCUGCACACGCUCAAUGCAGUGGACAUGGAGCUCUACACCGGCCUCCAGAAGCUGACCAUCAAGAACUCAGGACUUCGGAGCAUCCAGCCCAGAGCCUUUGCCAAGAACCCUCACUUGCGCUAUAUAAACCUGUCGAGUAACCGGCUUACCACACUCUCAUGGCAGCUCUUCCAGACGCUGAGUCUUCGGGAAUUGAGGUUGGAGCAGAACUUCUUCAACUGCAGCUGUGACAUCCGCUGGAUGCAGCUGUGGCAGGAGCAGGGGGAGGCCAAGCUCAGCAGCCAGCACCUCUACUGCAUCAACGCGGACGGCUCCCAGCUGCCCCUCUUCCGCAUGAACAUCAGCCAGUGUGACCUUCCUGAGAUCAGCGUGAGCCACGUCAACCUGACCGUACGAGAGGGUGACAAUGCCGUCAUCACUUGUAAUGGCUCUGGAUCACCGCUGCCUGACGUAGACUGGAUAGUCACUGGCCUGCAGUCCAUCAACACCCACCAGACCAAUCUGAACUGGACCAAUGUGCACGCCAUCAACCUGACCCUGGUGAACGUGACAAGUGAGGACAACGGCUUCACCCUGACGUGCAUCGCGGAGAACGUGGUGGGCAUGAGCAAUGCCAGCGUCGCCCUCACCGUGCACUACCCUCCGCGCGUGGUGAGCCUGGAGGAGCCCGAGCUGCGCCUGGAGCACUGCAUCGAGUUCGUGGUGCGUGGCAACCCACCGCCCACGCUGCACUGGCUGCACAACGGGCAGCCGCUGCGUGAGUCCAAGAUCACCCACGUGGAGUACUACCAGGAGGGCGAGGUGUCCGAGGGCUGCCUGCUCUUCAACAAGCCCACCCACUACAACAAUGGCAACUACACCCUUAUCGCCAAAAACCCGCUGGGCACGGCCAACCAGACCAUCAACGGCCACUUCCUCAAGGAGCCCUUCCCAGAGAGCACGGAUAACUUUGUCUCUAUCUAUGAUGUGAGCCCCACGCCCAUCACUGUGACCCACAAACCGGAGGAAGACACUUUUGGGGUAUCCAUAGCUGUUGGACUUGCUGCUUUUGCCUGCGUCCUGUUGGUGGUUCUCUUCAUCAUGAUCAACAAGUACGGUCGACGGUCCAAAUUUGGAAUGAAGGGCCCCGUGGCUGUCAUCAGCGGCGAGGAGGACUCAGCCAGCCCGCUGCACCACAUCAACCAUGGCAUCACCACACCCUCGUCGUUGGACGCUGGGCCAGACACGGUGGUCAUCGGCAUGACCCGGAUCCCAGUCAUUGAGAACCCCCAGUACUUCCGUCAGGGACACAACUGCCACAAGCCGGACACGUACGUGCAGCACAUUAAGAGGAGGGACAUCGUGUUGAAGCGGGAACUGGGCGAGGGAGCCUUUGGCAAGGUCUUCCUGGCUGAGUGCUACAACCUCAGCCCGACCAAGGACAAGAUGCUCGUGGCCGUGAAGGCCCUGAAGGAUCCCACCCUGGCUGCCCGGAAGGAUUUCCAGAGGGAGGCUGAGUUGCUCACCAACCUGCAGCACGAGCACAUUGUCAAAUUCUAUGGUGUGUGUGGCGACGGUGACCCGCUCAUCAUGGUCUUUGAGUACAUGAAGCACGGAGACCUCAACAAGUUCCUCAGGGCCCAUGGGCCAGAUGCUAUGAUCCUUGUGGACGGGCAGCCACGCCAGGCAAAAGGCGAGCUGGGUCUCUCCCAAAUGCUCCACAUCGCCAGUCAGAUUGCCUCAGGCAUGGUGUACCUGGCCUCCCAGCACUUUGUGCACCGGGACCUGGCCACCAGGAAUUGCCUGGUUGGAGCCAAUCUGCUGGUGAAGAUCGGGGACUUCGGCAUGUCCAGAGAUGUCUACAGCACCGAUUACUACAGGGAAGGGCCAUGCCAGAAGGGCCCGAUCAGCGUGUCAUGGCAGCGACAGAGGCUAGCAGCACCGGCAGCUUCCACACUCUUUAAUCCAUCUGGAAAUGAUUUUUGUAUAUGGUGUGAGGUGGGAGGACACACCAUGCUCCCCAUCCGUUGGAUGCCCCCUGAAAGCAUCAUGUACCGGAAGUUCACUACGGAGAGCGAUGUGUGGAGCUUUGGGGUGAUCCUGUGGGAGAUCUUCACCUACGGAAAGCAGCCGUGGUUCCAGCUCUCAAACACAGAGGUCAUCGAGUGUAUCACCCAGGGUCGUGUGCUGGAGCGGCCCCGAGUGUGCCCCAAAGAGGUGUACGACGUCAUGCUGGGGUGCUGGCAGAGGGAACCCCAGCAGCGGCUGAACAUCAAGGAGAUCUACAAAGUCCUUCACGCUUUGGGGAAAGCCGCCCCCAUCUACCUGGACAUCCUCGGCUAGCGGUGGCUGGCGGUCACGGAUGCGUACUCUGUUGCCUCCUGUCUCCCGGCCUCACAUCCUCCCUUGUCACCUCACACUCCUUUCUUCCAUCCUGACUGAAGCGAACAUCUUCAUAUAAACUCAAGUGCCUGCUACACAUACAACACUGAAAAAAAAAAAAAAAAGGAAAGAAAAAACCCUGUAAGGCAGUUUGGCGAAUAUAUAUAUAUAUACAUAUAUAUAUUUAUAUAUCUAACUAUCUAUCUAUCUAUAUCCACAGACAGAGAGAUACCUUCUCUAAUACAGAGAGAAGCUGCUGACACAGAAACCAUAAGACUGUAACAACAACUCAGAAAAUCUUAAAUAUUAUAAACACAAAUGGAAACCCCCUUUGACGGAAGCUGGGGUCCCUGCUUCUUCGGCUCCGGCUUUUCGGAGCCGAAGACCUUGACGACACAGAGACGGUCUUCGUGCGGGGACAGGAGGAGCUGGGGUGGAGUGCGAAUUGUUCAGGCGAUUACCUGCACAGGUGCGUUUCCCCUCCCUGGCCCCCCCCCCUCCCCGAGCUCUGCACAGGUGCAUGGACAGACCCCAUCAACUGCACUCAGGAUGCAGCGGGAAAGAACACCGGACCCGGGGCCUCUGGAAAAGCCUCAUGUCUCCCCUGACUGUUGCCUCCACGCCUUCCCCUUUCCUCUGCUUCAAGACAGUUCCCCCAGUUGUCCAUUCUGGAAAGUAGAGUCCUGACGCUUUUGGAAGUCAGUGAGGGCGUGUACCAGUCAACACGUAACAACCGACAAGACACAAAACCAUCAUGACAAUGGACUUCAUCCAUCUUGGGUGUAAACCACGCUCACGUUCCUUCCUAAAUUUGAAAGGGACGUGCCAUUUAUUCUCUGAACCUCAAGAACUGGACGUUCUGGACUCAGCCACAGAAGAAGAAGCUGAAAUUCGAACCCUCCCUGGCAAGGCACUGCCUCUCGUCUUUCCCUCGCUGGAAAGACUCCUCAGCCCCACCUCCCGCAUUCGGGCCUUUGGGGGAGUUUGGGGGCGAAGGGAACGUCCGCGUGUUGCCCGCAAAUGUGGACGCAGCAGGGUUCCGGUAGCAGGAGGCUUCGUUCCUUGUAGGUCGUUAUAAAGUGUGCCCCUCCGUGUCCUCUGUUUCUCAUCCUGCCUGCCCAGGUCCCCAGCCCCCCACUUCCUGGGCCUCUCGCAAGUCCCAGGUGAACCUCACUGCCAGGGAAGGGAGCCAGGUGUAGUCAGAGCGUGGGGCAGCGCUUGCAUCGGGAGCGAGGAGGUACCGUGGGCAGCAGCCAGCAGGGGAGAAUCUAUCUGGCACCUGCACCGGCCCCUUGGCAUUCUCCUCACGUUUCCAGGCCCUGGAAGGAUUGAUGCAUCUGCCUUUGAGCUGCUGUGAAAAUGCAGGGGCUGAAAAAUCGCUUUUGUGGGCUGGGGGUGGGGGGAGGGGCCGAGGCUUCUCUGGGAGGUGUCCGCCGCGGGCCAUGGCCACAGGCGCGGCAUCUUAAUGAGGACGGAGCCCUGACCAGGGAGAGAGAAUGAGGCGUGUGGGCUGGGGUCCUGGCCGCUGCUGUCAAGGGCUGUCACGGGGGCAGAUCUCCGGGCCUCCCCGAUGCACGACAAAGAAAUGCUUCCGGAGGGCAACCGCCUGGCCCCUCCCAGCUCGCCGGCCCCUCCACCUCACCCCAAGCACAGAGCUACCUAGUGGACUGGCCUUUGCCCAGUGGGAGCCUCGGGGAGUGGGGGGCUCGGACCCGCACCCUGCCCUGCCAGCCAGAGGGGCUGUCGGCGGCCCCCGGCGGCCUGGUCAGCUGCAGUGCGGGCAUCCCUGUGGGGUUUGGGACAAAUCCUGUAUGUGUGGUUUGCUUCUUUUUUUUAGACCCACAAAUGUUUUUAUUCCAAUAGAAAAGAGCUGUGCUCAGA